CCUUCUUCUCCUUCUUCUCCUUCUCCUUGCUGCUAGUCUUGUCGUCUUUUUUUGCCUUCUUUUCCUCUUUUUUACCAGCAUCCUUGUCCUUCUUCUCGGAUUUCUCCUUCUUGUCCUUCUUGGCCUGCUCCUCCUCUGAUGUAGUUUCCUUAUGCUUUGCCUCGCUCUUUUCCUUCUUGGCCUUCUUCUCCUUCACGUCGGCGAUAUCGGCGUUCUUUGCGACUUCCUUAUCCUUCUUUUCCUUCUUCUCAGCCUUAUCCUCCUUUUCCUUCUUUUCUUUCUUCUCCGCCUUAUUCUCCUUUUCUUUCUUGUCCUUCUUGUCGGUCUUGUCGGUCUUAUCGGUCUUGUUCUUCUUGUCUUUCUUUUCGGUCUUCUUGUCUUUGUCCUUGCUCUCCUUCGCCUUCUUCUCAGAUUUCUCCUUCUUCUCAGCCUUCUCCUUCUUCUCCUUCUUCUCCUUCUUCUCCUUUUUCUCCUUUGGGACCUUCACAGGCGCAUCUUCCAUCUCUAUCAAACAAGAAUAAUAUUUUUUAAAGACAUAAUCAGUUUAAUUAACCUGCUAGUUUGAGACUCCACAAUCGAUCCCAAUUCUCCUUCGCUGCUCUUCUCCAUCCGGUCGAAGUGCGCGAGCUGCACAAACCUCCUUCCAAAUCCAUUCUUUUUUUUUUUUUUUUUUUUUU